CCAGCUUCAAAACACAGAGCAGACACCACAUAUUUAGCACCCUCGCGCAGUAGGAAGCCAGAAGGAUAUCUUGGGAUCCUACGCGCAGUAGACAUCAGUUGAGGAACGGCAACAUAUCCCUCUGGCCUUCUAAUAGUAGGAACUUGUACUAUCAACAAGACAUUACCAUUUCCAAGAUGACUGGAUCAAAUGAGAAGAAGCCACCACAAUUCGAAAUGACAACGUCAACAGAUGCCCAGGACUAUGAGCACAGAAGCAAGCUAUGGGAGAAGUCUAUGAAAGAGCCUAUGGUUCCAAUUGGCUUGGCGGGUACUGUGGCGGCAGUAAUGUACGGCGCGGUGAACUAUCGGAAGUACCGGCGAGCGGGAAUGUCCACGUCCGUAUUCCUGAUGCAGUUCCGAGUCAUCGCGCAGUCCAUGGUGGUCGGGUGCAUGACGUUAGGCGUCGGGUACACACUAGUCUCUGACUACAUCUUGAAACACCGGCAACCAAAAGCAUCUCCGACAUAUUAUACCGACCAAGUUCAAGAUUAUAGGCAAAUGGAGAGCAAUUUUUGGAAGGAAUAGUUACUAUGUGAUUGGUGUGAUCAAGUCAUGUGACAAGAUUGGCUCCUAUUGGUUACUUUGAAUCAUGUGACCGGAGAAAUUGACAAGGUGAUAAGAGAAGCACUGGAUGCAGUUGGGCAUUGGAAACAGCCAAUCAGAAAGAGUUUAGAAAGUGACGGUGAAUCCAAUAGGGGACGGAGGCUUGUGAUGUAGAAAAGGGUUUUUGGCAAUGGCUAUAUAACUAAAGGUGAAACUAUUGUCUUAUCAAAAUUUGCAAAAACCCACUUUCUGUAGCUGAAGCACUUCAGAUAUAAACAUCCCGGCAUUGUGCUGCUGCUAAAUGCAUUUGUAACAGUCCUGUCCUGUGACCAACAACAGACGCACUUUGCAUAUCAAUAAAAACACCAUUUACAGUUUGAAACAAAAGGUAAAACUUGAACAACAAGCUUUCAUUGUAGCAUGAAACAGGGCUUUCUCCAAUGGGAGAUUUAAAGAGAGCUUAUGAGAGAAGAUUUUAUGAUACAUUUGGUAUCUUGUAGUGAGAUUUGAUAAUUCAGAUCACAAUGCAAGGCAUCAUAUAAAGAAAGACUUACUGUGAAUAGGUGCUUAUGAUAGAUUCUACUUUGUGAAGAAAGAAGAAAAGCUUAGAGCAGUCAGGUUGUGCCUUUGAGAGGCUGGAUUACGAUGUUAAGACCAAACGUGUCAAAGAAAAAUAAGGCUUAGCCUUUUUAAAUGUGCACAUAUGCGAGCUUUGUCUGAAUAGCGUGUAACGACUGUGUCACAGAUGCUAUAAAUACAUUGAGGUCAAUAUGGUACAAAGCUUUGCACUCUAGAUCUGUAGAAUGUCAUUUUGUACAUGUGCAGACGAUCUAUAUAAGAAAUGUAGUCAUACCGAACUAGGGAACAAACUACACUGUACAAACUACAUAGUAAUGCCUGCAAGUCACACGUGCUAUCAACAAUGAAUUUAGUCCAAGUGGUAGAGUGCUGUCUACAACGAAGCUCCUAUAUAUAUGGAUAUAGCCUUUGAACAGAUCUAUUACACUUGUAGCACAGUCUGCUGAUUGUCGUGCCUUCAAUGUUUAGUGAUCCCACUGGAAUUGCAGGUCAUCCGUAAAUGAUGAACUGUGCUGAGUGUUACUGGCUAGUGUAAGAUUGGGAAAUUUGAGUUUGAGUUUAGUUUGCACACAGUAUUUUGUUCUAUGUGAUGUUGUAAAGUGUACAUUAAAGAUACUGCGUAUAUGAAACAACCACAUUUAACCCUUUUCAUACAUGUAUACCAACUACAGUCAAACCUGAUCUAGCAGCCACCUCUGUAUGGACAACCCUGUGGCCACUUUUUUUAAGCACAUGGCUUUUCCUGUUAAGAUUCUAAGAACUAAUAAAGAUUAUCUUAUCUGGAA